AUCAUGAGCCUAAAGAACUUAAAGAAGAAACAGGAAAAAAAGAAGAAAUGCAAAGUAGUGCUAAUAAUCAAAUGAAAAAAAAGACAAAAACACCAGACCAACAAUGCCAGCAACAAAUGAUAUACCAAAAUGGAUGA